CUCCUGAAAAAAAAGACGAGUUUUGUCAUAAUGUCUGCAGGAAUGUUGGCUAAACCUCAGAUGCGUGGUCUCCUUGCCAAACGUCUACGGUUUAAUCUCACAGUGGCAUUUUCUUUAGCAUUUACAGCAGCAGCUGGAUAUAAGUUUGGUGUAGCAGAACCCAGAAAGAAGGAAUAUGCUGAUUACUACAAAAGAUUUGAUGCCAUGAAGGAAUUUGAAGCCAUGAGGGAAGCUGGAGUCUUUGAGAGUGUAAGACCAAAGGGUGAAUGAGGGGUGGCGAUGCUGCUGGAUUCCUGGAGGUCCUGCCCCCCCUCAAAUCUUCAGAGACCUUUUGUUAUACUUAACCUGUAUGUCAAUUGUGUAACUUAAAAUAAAUAUGAGCCACUCCUGUGA